AUGGCUUAUGUGUACGAGGAGACGCACUUUCGACCCGCGUUCCGCCUGCUAUCGUACAGUGCGCUUGCUUUUGGCCUUCCUUUGCGAUGCACACCUCGACAUAUCUACUCUGCGCGCAGCGGAAACGAAGCGGCACUUAUGCUACGAGUGCUUCCUAGCUUCCAAGCUGUAUCUUUCGACUGGUCAGAGUUCUGUGUCGCCACGCCAACGUGGCUCGAUGUCUCCCUUGGUCUUUUUACACCGGCUUGGCGUGAUCAUACUGACCUAUGGAAGUUUACACGGUGCGUCACUUUACAUCUGCUGUGGACAGCGGAACAGCUAACUAUUCCACCAGCGCCAAGCCCUGCCUCUGGGUCCAGCUGUUUGGGCCAACUGCACUACGUUUAG